AUGAGUCCUGUGGCAGCCGUGUGUUUGGGCCUGGGCUCUGCUCUGGUCCGCUGUGAGCUGGGGCCCCUCCUCUCGGUCCAGUAUGCAGGCUGCGGUGUUAAAUCUGACUCUCCUGUGUUUCCUCUCUGCGCUGUAGACAUCGUGGGUACGCUGCGGCCCGACGAAAAGGCCAUUAUGACCUAUGUGUCGUGCUUCUAUCACGCUUUCUCUGGGGCUCAGAAGACCCUCCCCUUCUUAGAGACACAUGUCAGACCCUCCCCCUGCUCCUUUGACACAUGUCAGACCCUCCCUUCUUAUAGACAUGUUAGACAUAGGACAGAGGGCCAGAAAGGGUUUUGCAAACCUCUGCAUCUCUACAACCUGCUGAAAGAGGCCAUCCAGGGAGGAGUGCUGAGCGGCAGUGAGAAGUUCCUGGCCCUAGAGCACUGUAAGAGCCUGGUGGUUCUCAUGGAUACUCAGGGAAUGGCCAAACUCAGCUGGUCUGAGUUCCAGAUGCUGUGGGACAAGAUCUGCAGGUGGACGGACAUCUUCCUCGUGUUCGAUAAAAACAAGAGCCAGAGCCUCGAGUACAAGGAGGUGGGACCAGCACUGAAGGCUGCAGGGAUCUCUGUGGAUGAUGUGGUGAUGCAGUUGGUGGGUCUCAGGUACACGGAGCCAGACCUCACCAUCAGUUACCCAGGGUUCCUCUACGUCCUCAUGAAGCUGGAGAGGAUGAUCCAUAAGUUCCAGGCCUAUGACAUGGUGGGGAUGGGAGCUAUCACCGUGAGCUACCGACAGUGGCUACAGAUGACCAUGUACAACUGA